GCCUAAAUAAAUAAAUAAGGGUGCAGCUGUUAAUAGACCUCAUUGCAAUUGUCCUUGUGCUGCAUUUCGCACGGGAACACGGCGGACUUUGUCAGAUGUGGACUGGUGUAAUGAUCGUCAGCCGUUGGCAGGACUUGCGUGCUAUCGGCAGCAGCUGUCACCAACGUUGUAUCGGCUCGUCCUUAACUCGGCUGACCUGGAUGUGAAACUGGAAUAAAGGCCGUAUCUUAUUUCAUUUUGACAGACCAUAACAAUCCUGCGAUACAGACGGGACGGUUGCAGUAGCAGGGGAGUAGCUAGCUAACUUUAUCAGCCAGCGAUUUCGCCUAUACAUAUAUAUAUAUAGAGAGAGAGAAAUAUACAUAUAUAUUUUUUUUCUCAAGAACACAGCCAAUAUGACAACGUGAACGAACAUGGGAGGUGCAGUUUUGGCCGGCUAAAUUAGCUGUCUUGCAUUGUGACCAAUGGAAAACAGGUGUCGAGUGGAGCAGGAAACAAUGUUGUUAUUAGCCAGUUAGCUGACGUUAGCUCAGCUAGCUGUUAAUUAACGUUAUCCACACCAAAUUAGUGGGCUGAGUUAGCCGGGCUAACUCAGCCCCCUAAUUUAAAUAGGCACGCUCGGUCUGUGCCUAACGUUAACUUGGGCAUAUUUGCUUAGUGACAGGUUGUUAUUUUUUUUUCUGAUUAAUUUUUUUAAGCGAAGCACUUUAAGCGUUUACCAUUUUUCUGCUGUUAACUAAGCUAGCUAGCUAACCAGCUGUGCCGAUCAGCCUCUGCUGUGGUGUCACUGCAAUCUGUUGGCUGCAGAAGUCAUAUUGCAAACAUAGCUUUACUACUGUUAAACUGUUAAGCGCACGACAACCAUGGCUCAAGAAGAGUUUCCUCUGCAUUUUCUGGUCUGGAAUAAUCAGUAUUUGGAGCUAGAUCGAGAGCUACAGAAGAAAGGGCAGGAUGUGGAGCGCCUAGAUCCGAGGGGGCGCACCCCGCUGGAGCUGGCUGUGUGUCUGGGCCACCUGGAGUCAACCCGGGUGCUGCUCAGGCACUCCUCAGACCCCACGCACUGUAACGCACAGGGUUGGACCAUCUUGCAGGAGGCGGUGAGCACCGGGGACCCUGAGCUGGUUCAGCUGGUGCUUCAGUACAGAGACUUCAAACGUGCCACAGAGAGACUUGCGGGUAUCCCUGAGCUGCUCAGCAAAUUGAGACAGGCGCGGGACUUCUAUGUGGAGAUGAAGUGGGAGUUCACCAGUUGGGUACCCCUGGUGUCGAAGGUAUGUCCCAGUGAUGUCUACCGGGUGUGGAAGAGCGGCUCAUGUCUCCGUGUGGACACCACCCUUCUGGGCUUCGAACACAUGACCUGGCUGAAAGGACGACGCAGCUAUAUCUUCAAGGGCGGAGAUGAUGGGGCCGUGGUGAUGGAGGUGGACCAUGAGAAGCAGGUGGUGUAUACAGAGCCACUCGUGUUGUCUCCCCUCGACGCGCCCUCCCUCCUGGCGGCUAUGCAGCCAUCGCAGGAGAACACAGCUCAGAGACUCACAUCGCCCAUCGUCUCCACGCACCUCAACACGCGCAACAUUGCCUUUGAACGGAACAAGUCGGGAAUCUGGGGCUGGCGGUCUGAGAAGAGUGAAGUGGUCAGCGGGUAUGAAGCCAAGGUUUACAGUGCUACCAAUGUGGAGCUGGUGACUCGGUCAAGGACGGAGCAUCUGUCAGACCAGGAUAAGUCUAGAAGCAAAGGCUCAAAGACUCCUCUGCAGUCCUUCUUGGGGAUUGCUGAACAGCACACAGCUCACAAUGGGAGUAAUGUGUCCCAGUGUGCCAGUCCUCACAACCCCACAGCCAUCACAGCUGAGGAAUACUUCAACCCAGAGUUCAACCUGAACGGCAGGGACAUUGGACGUCCCGUCGAGCUUACGAGCAAAGUCCAGAAGUUCAAAGCAACACUGUGGUUGAGUGAGAGUCACCCUCUGUCACUGGCCGAGCAGGUGACACCCAUCAUCGACCUCAUGGCCAUCUCCAAUGCCCACUUUGCCAAGCUCCGUGACUUCAUCACUCUGCGUCUGCCGCCGGGAUUCCCCGUUAAGAUCGAGAUUCCCCUGUUUCACGUGUUGAACGCGAGAGUGACAUUCAGUAACCUGUGCGGCUGCGACGAGCCGGUCAGCUCUGUGACGGUUCACAAACCAGAGGGCUCCGAGGAAGCUGGUCAGUCUCUCACUUCGUUCCACUGUGAGGUGGAUCCCUCCGUGUUUGAACCGCCGGCUGACUACACCACCCUUGGUCCAGGCCGCAGCGAGCCAAUGAGGGAUGAGGAUGACAACCUGUUGCAGUUCGCCAUCCAGCAGAGCCUGCUGGACGCGGGCACUGAGAGUGACCAGGUGACCAUCUGGGAGGCCUUGACGAACAGCCGCCCGGUGCUCCAGAGCCCACUGUACGAAGAAGACUCUCAGCUGGAGAGGGCAAUCCAGGAGUCCCUGUCCAUUUCAUUGGCUAGCAGGGAGGGGGAGGACAGGGCUGACCCCAGCCAACCGUCCUCCAUCUCCCCUUUGGACCCCACCGCCAACUCCCCUCUCUCCUACAGCGCAGUGACCGAUCCACGGUUGUCAGGACACUUUGAUGUGGCGUCGAAUUUUGACGAGCAGCUGCGUAUUGCCAUGGAGCUGUCGUGCCGGGAGCAGGAGGAGAUGGACAGGCAGCAGAAGGAAGAAGAAGAGGAGCUGCAGAGGAUCCUGCAGCUGUCACUCACCGAGAAGUAAUGUCACCAACAGCAGUGGAGCUGUGAUUUUCACUGGGGAACAAUCCUCUUAAUUUAUUCUGUUUUUAUUUUUAUUUUUUAAAUCCUGAGAUGUUAAGUUAUUACAGAUAUUUUAUUUGUCUUUCUCACAUGAAGGCUGCUACAACAGAGCGUAAAGGACCAGAAUAUAAGAAGUGAGAGUGAAACAGGUACUCCAAUACACACUACAGUGAGGGAGGAGACAAAAGUCUUUGGAUUUUUUAUUAUUAUUAUUAAGAUUUUUCACAGUCUUGCUGUCUUUUAUUGAGUGAUGAAUGAUCCUUAAACUUUAAACCUAUAACAUUAUCUGUGAUAAAUAUGAAAAUAUGAAAAUACAAUCUUGAUGGAAUAACUAUGGAAUAAAAAUAUGAUUAUAACAUUUGAAACCUUUAUGUUGGUUUACUCAUAUGUGUGAAAAAUAAAGAAUUACAAUCCACAUGCA